AUGUCAGAUAACAUGCAGAUAGAUUCACCCCCACAAGGGUCGAUUGAUGAAGGCUUGUACUCGAGACAGUUAUACGUCUUGGGUAAAGAAGCUAUGAUUAAAAUGCAAAAUGCCAACGUAUUAAUAAUCGGUUUGGGAGGAUUGGGAAUCGAAAUCGCCAAAAACGUCGCUUUGGCCGGUGUCAAGUCCUUGAGCUUGUAUGAUCCUCAUCCAGUGGAAUUGAGUGAUUUGUCUACCCAGUUUUUCUUAUCUGAGUCCGAUGUGGGCAAAACAAGAGCAGAAUCAUCGUCAACAAAAUUGUCGGAAUUGAACCAGUACGUCCCCAUUUCGAUCGUCAACGACUUGUCCGAGUCGACAUUGGCUCUGUUCAAGUGUAUCGUCGCCACUGAUAUCACUUUGGAAGAGCAGGUCAAGUUAAACAACUUCACCCACCCUAAAGAAAUCGGUUUCAUUAGUGCCGACAUCAGAGGUUUAUUUGGUCAAGUAUUCGUUGACUUUGGCAAAAAUUUCAACGUUAUAGACCAGACAGGUGAAGAGGCUCUCACUGGUAUCGUAUCUGAUAUCGAGAAAGAUGGUACUGUGACCAUGUUGGAUGACAACAGACACGGCUUACAAGAUGGAGACUUUGUCAAGUUUUCUGAGAUCCAAGGUAUGGAUAAGUUAAACGAUGGUUCUCCACAUAAGGUCGAAGUAUUGGGACCAUAUGCGUUCAAGAUCAAAAUGAGCGACAGCUAUGGUACAUACAUCAAGGGCGGGUUGUACCAACAAGUUAAAGUCCCUAAAUCUCUUAACUUCGAACCUUUAACUCAACAAUUAAAGUCCCCAGAGUAUGUUAUCUCUGACUUCGCAAAAUUUGAUAGACCUCCUCAAUAUCACUUAGGUUUCCAAGGUUUGCAUGCGUUCCAAACCAGACACCAAGGAAAAUUACCUAGACCAUGCCAUGACGAGGAUGCUAACGAAUUAUUAAAGUUGGUUUCUGAGAUUGCGACCCAAAAUCCAGACAUCUUAGGGGAAGAUCCUGUUAAUGAGAAAUUGAUUAAAGAAUUAUCUUAUCAAGCAACCGGUAAUUUACCAGGUAUGGUUGCCAUGUAUGGUGGCUUAAUUGCCCAAGAAGUUUUAAAAUGUUGCUCUUCUAAAUUUGGUCCUGUUAAGCAAUGGUUGUACUUUGACUCUUUGGAAUCCUUACCUCCUACUGAAAGAUAUCCAAGAAAUGCAGAAACUUGUAAGCCAUUAGGUACAAGAUAUGAUUCACAAAUUGCCGUCUUCGGUAAGCCUUACCAGGAAACCAUUUCGAACCUAAAGGUUUUCUUAGUGGGAUCUGGGGCUAUUGGUUGUGAAAUGUUGAAAAAUUGGGCUAUGAUGGGUUUAGGUUCCGGUCCAGAUGGUAAAGUCAUUAUAACCGAUAUGGAUUCAAUUGAAAAAUCUAAUUUGAACAGACAGUUCCUUUUCAGACCAAAAGAUGUUGGUAGAAAUAAAGCAGACGUGGCUGCCACUGCUGUUCAGGCUAUGAACCCCGAUUUAAAGGGUAAGAUCGAAGCAAAAUUAGAAAAGGUUGGGCAAGAUACAGAACACAUUUUCGAUGAUAGUUUCUGGAACAACUUGGAUUUCGUCACUAAUGCUUUAGAUAAUGUUGAUGCUAGAACUUAUGUUGAUCGUCGUUGUAUUUUCUAUAAGAAGCCAUUAUUAGAAUCAGGAACCUUAGGUACUAAAGGUAACACUCAGGUGGUUAUUCCUAAUUUGACUGAGUCUUAUUCAAGUUCUCAAGAUCCUCCUGAAAAGUCAAUACCAUUAUGUACAUUAAGAUCUUUUCCAAAUAAAAUCGAUCACACCAUUGCUUGGGCCAAGUCUUUAUUCCAGGGUUACUUUGCUGAUUCUCCUGAAAGCGUUAAUUUAUAUUUGACUCAAUCAAACUAUGUUGAACAAACUUUGAAACAAAAUCCUGAUAUUAAGGGUACCUUGCAAAACAUUUCUGACUACUUGAACAAGCGUCCUUACACUUUUAAUGAUUGUAUUAAGUGGGCAAGAUUAGAAUUCGAGAAUAAGUUCAAUCACGAUAUCCAACAAUUGUUAUAUAACUUCCCUAAGGAUGCUAAAACUUCGAAUGGUGCACCAUUUUGGUCUGGUCCUAAAAGAGCACCUGAACCUCUACACUUCGACAUCGAUAACCCCGAUCAUUUCAAUUUUGUUGUCGGUGGCGCAAAUCUUUUGGCGUUCAUUUAUGGAUUAAAAGAGCCUAAGGCCACUCUUGAAGAUUAUAAAAAGGCAUUGGCCGAAAUCGAAAUUCCUCCAUUCACACCAAAAUCAGGUGUCUCAAUCGCUGCCAAUGAUGCAGAAGCUGAGGAACAGAGUAAUAGAUUAUCAGGCAGUAUCGAUGACGAUGAAAUUAGGAGCAUUGCUGCUUCAUUGCCUGAGCCAUCAACUUUGGCUGGUUAUAGAUUAAAUCCAAUUGAAUUUGAAAAAGAUGAUGACACUAAUCAUCACAUUGAAUUUAUUUCAGCGGCAUCUAAUUGCAGAGCUUUGAACUAUUGCAUUGAAACAGCCGAUGCGUCUAAAACUAAAUUCAUUGCUGGUAAAAUUAUUCCAGCUAUCGCAACUACAACUGCUUUAGUUACUGGUUUAGUUUGUCUUGAAUUAUACAAAGUUGUUGGUGGUAAAACUGAUAUCGAAGAUUAUAAAAACGGUUUUAUCAACUUGGCAUUACCUUUUAUCGGAUUUUCAGAACCAAUUAAGUCACCCCAAGGUAAAUAUAACGAAAAAACUUUCGACCAGAUCUGGGAUAGAUUCGAUAUUGAGGGUAAUCUCACUUUACAACAAUUAUUGGACCACUUUGAGAAAAAUGAAGGUUUGGAAAUUUCAAUGUUAUCUUAUGGUGUUUCAUUGUUAUAUGCUUCAUUUUUCCCUCCUAAAAAGGUAAAGGAUAGAUUAGCUAUGAAAUUAACCGACUUAAUCAAAGAAGUUAGCAAGAGGGAUAUCCCAAGCCAUGUUAAGAAUUUAAUCUUUGAGGUUUGCUGUGAUGAUAAAGAAGGUGAAGACGUGGAGGUUCCUUAUAUUUGUGUUAAAUUAUAA